GCAAUACAUAGCAAAUAAUCCCUACUACAAACAGAAACGUGAAUUGAAAAAGGAGAUUUCGUCACUUACAAGGAAAUUGAUAGGAGAACCUAACAAGGAUGUUAAAGGAGAAGAAAGCGACAAUAAGUCGAAGAGUGAUAUGGAUAAGAAAAGCGGCAGUCAGUCGAGGAGUGACGUAGAUAGGAAAAGCGACAACCAGUCAAAGAGCAACACGGAUAUGAAAAGUGACAGCCAGUCAAAAAGUGACGUAGAUAGGAAAAGCGACAACAAGUCAAAGAGUGACAUGGAUAAAACAAGUGACAUUAACUUGGAAGAGAAUCAAGAGCAAAAUACUGAAAUGACACAGGUUGAACUGCAAAAGAAAGAGAGAAGAAAGGAAGACCUUAAAAAACUGGAGGAGAAAAUACGUAAACUACAAGAAGAAGAAGAAAAAGAAAAAAGAAAACAAAAAAUUAAAAAGAGCCGAGAACUAUCUACUGAAAGAGAAAGAAAAAGAAAGUUACUGGAAAUAUCUAAAGAAGAGAAGAGAAAAAGAUGGAAAGAGGAAGAGGAAGGAAAACCGGAAAUAAGCCAACAAGAUGUGGAUGAUGAGAAUGCUAAAAAAGCUGCAGAGUUAGAAGAAAAGAUACGUAAGCUUCAGCAAGAAGAACAAGAGGAAGAAAAAGAGAAAAGAAACCGACAUGGUCGUGACAGAAGCAGGAGUAGAAAACGUGAGAUAAGAAGAAAAGGUUUGGAGCAAAUAUCUAAUGAAUACGCUUCAAUAUCAGACUCGGGAUGUGAUGAUGAAGACAAUAAAGAUAUCAUCAACAAAGUUGAUGAAAGCGGCAACGAUGAUGGGCAAAACAUAAUAGAUGAAAGUGGCAAUGAUGAAGAAUACAUCGAAGUUGAUGAAACUGGCAAUGAUGAAGAUGACAAUGAAGUUGAUAGCAGUGAUGAAAGAGAUAACAAAGUUGAUAAAAAUGGCACUGAUGAUAGAGACAGUAAGGUGGAUGAAAGUGGCAAUGAUGGACGCAAGGCGAAUGAAAGCGGCAGUGAUGGAGAGAAGACAAAUGAAAGCGGUAAUGAUGGAGACAAGGCGGAUGAAAGUGGCAAAGAUGGAGACAAGGCGGAUGAAACUGGUAAUGAUGGAGACAAGGCGGAUGAAAGUGGCAGUGAUGGAGACAAGGCGGAUGAAAGUUGCAAUGAUGGAGACAAGGUGGAUGAAAAUGGCAAAGUUGGAGACAAAAAGGUAGAUGAAGAUGGCAAUGGUGAUGAUAACAAAGAUGAUACUACCAAUGAUGAUGAAGUAGAUAAAAGUGACAAAAUUGAUGAAGACAAUAAGGUAGAUGAAGAUGGAAAUGAUGAUGGAGCUAACGGUGACUAUGCAGGUGACAAUAGUGAUGAAGACUGUAAUGAGGAGGAUUUUAUGAUGGAUAUCAGUAUGUUUUUAGAUGGUGAUAUGCAGAUAUUGGAUGAAGCAUAACACAAAAACAUAUCAGAAAAUUAUUUCAUUCACAACACUGCCAGAUUAAAUAUCCAUUUCUAUCCUGGUAUAAUUCUCAUAUAAUGUGAUGAGAAUGCAUAGAAUAUUGUUAUAGAUGUAUUUAGCAAAUUUUUCAUGUUUCUGUUAUCAUCUUAUCUUAUGUUGGACAAAAUAACACAAGGACUCAGGUCAAAUUAUGACUGGGAUACAAUGGUGAUAUUUUGCAGACAGUGUCUUUGAUUUGAGUCAAUUUGCAUCAUGAUGAGUUUUAAUAGCUCUUGUUUGCGUUUACCAUGUUAUUGUACUUACCAAAGACUGCCACAUAGAUGUAACCUAUCUGCUGGUUUCAGUGUGUGAAUUCACUGCCAAUUAUGCAGAACCUAAGAAGUAAUGCCUCAUCUUGAUUUAUCAAAUGCAUCUUCCUGAAUUAUUUUCUUGCAUUUUGACAACAAAUUUAAAUAAUUUGAAAACUUUUUAAGAAUAAAUUUCUUUACUGUUUUAUUUAAAUGAUUUGGAACAACAUUUCCUGGAAAUCCGGCAAUGAACAUGGAAGUGAGUGUGCAAACUGUAUGAAAUUAUUUUUUUUUAGUUGGAAUAUAUUAAUGCUGAAAACUACAAAUUAAAACAUAUUUUCACCAUAUUAGCAUAAGGUGGUAGUCACUGGAUUUUAUUUGUUGCUGAUUUUACCUUUUAGUAAAACUAAAGUGAAAAUAUUCUCCAGAAUAUUAAGAAUUAUGUAUUGGUAUACAACAUGUCUGUCUGUUACCUGAUGUUUGUAAUAAGUAAGUUAAUUUGCUAAUUAUAAAUGAAUAGGCAGCUUUGUAUUGUAUUAUAGAUCUAUGUUUUAAAAAAUCAGGAUUUUGUUUUUGAUAAAAAUAAUGUGAAAUGUAUGCGUUUAUUGCUGAAGUACUUUUGAAAUGUUCAUUGAACAAAUAAUUAGAAAAAGUCUUCUCAUCAAUUGUUAUUAAGAAUAGAGGACAAUUUUUGAACAUUUCUUGUAUUUGUAUUCAAUCCCAGGUCAGACAUUAAAUGAAAUAAACUCUGCAUUUCAUCUUU